AUGACGGACGACGCGGACGUCGGGCCGACGCGCGCGCGCGUGCGCAUCGGUCGAAGCGUCCGAGCGCUCGCGCGCGGGGACGGGGCGAGCGCGACGGAUGCGGAUGCGAGCGCGAGACCGCUGAGCGCGCUGCGAUUUGAUUUUUGCGCUCGAAACGCGGAUGAAUCGAAGCGCGCGCGCGUGUUCGCGAGCGACGACGGCGCGGUGGAGAUCACGUACGAUGCCGUGGACGACGGCGGCGGUGCGUCGGGGCGAGAGGUGAAAUACAGAGGGAUGCGGGUGGAGCGGGAGGUCGGAGGACGGGCGCGGAGACGAGACGCGCGAGAGGAUGGUGAGUUAGUGGAAGACGACGACGACGUGGAGUACGAUUGCGCGUUGGUGUACGACGACGAGGUCGGGGAGUGGGUGCUCGAGCGCGUGGCGUCGACGGUGGGGAGUUUGAGGAUAGCGAGAGAGGCGACGGCGCGGACGGGCGCGGGCGAGCGCGGCGACGCGGCGACGGAUGCGCGCGAGCGUCGGGAGCGGGCGAGUCGCGAGAACGAGAUCGACGCCGCGGCUCUUGGACUCCCGUCCACGCCUAGGAAGAAAUAG